UCCAUAACACCAACCGAAAUUCUCGCCGCUCGGUCCGACUCAAAUUUUCCCUCAGAAGACUUUUAGGGUUUUACCACAUCUCCUUCCCAAACUUUCUCUGUGUAUGAUUCCCGAAAAAUAAAUCCUGAGCAGAGAGAUUUGCCGGAAAAGUUAGGGAGAGAGAGAGAGAGUUUGUGAGGUUGAUGGAGGUUUGAAGGGAAUGACCGGAACUUUCUCUCUCGUUCGCUGAGAAAGAGAGAGAAAGUGAGGAAAAAUCUUAAAUCAAUGAUGUUUGUUUGGUUCAUUCUUCUGAGGCUGUGAAACCAGAGCUUUCUUCUUUCUUUCUGAUUUUUCCGUGAAAGUUACCUAGAAACAAGAAAGGAAAAGAGAAGACGGGAGAAGUAAAAUAUUUAAAUAAUAAUAAUAAUAAUAAUUUUAAGAUUUUUACGAUAUAGAUGGAGUUCCUUGUCCUCUUUGCCUGAAACGUGUGAGAGUGUGGAAUUGAAGCGAGAGCGAUAGAGAAAAAUGGACGACGACAUGGAUGAAUUUGUUGUGGAACCGUUUGUGGCUGAAGAAAUCGAUCUUGAUUACGAGUUCGAUGUGCCUCGCUUCUACGAUUUCACUUGGCCGGAGACGGAUCUGGAGGCCAGAGAAGCCGAGCGCUGGUUCGAAUCAGCACAAAGUUAUCCGCCUUCGCCUUUCAUCGUAAAGUUGAAGUGGCCAAAAGAAGUUCCUAUAGAAAAUUCGAGCACCUAUGCUAAACCCAGAAAUGAUGCAAACAUGGAUUCCAUUGGGAAUUACUCUGACAGCUGCAUGUGUUCUGAAGUUUCUGCAACAGAUGAUUCCAACAAAGGAUAUUAUAAUCAGAUGGCUCCAGCUAGUCCAAAAGCUAAGACAAAGUCCCCAGUUAAGUCAACUUUAGCAAGGAGUUCAACUUUAAUGAAACCAACAGCUAGUAAUUUGGCCAAGCAGAAUAAACCUCGAGAAAUUCAUUCCACACGAUUCUUGAGAAGGUUUCAGAAUAAGUUAGAGAACAUUGAUGAAAAGAGUUCACGGAGUGCUUAUGUAAUUGACUGCCAAGCUACCAAAAGACAAAAGUUGGGGGCCGGUUACUUAAAGAAGGUUUCUCACCUGAAGCAUCAAGCUCUUUUGCAACACAAGUUACCUAAAAAGGUUGAAACCAUUGAUGUUAACUCUGUGGUGCAUAGUAGACCUGAAGUUACCAUUCCUAGAGAACCUAAUCUGGCAACAGCACGUAGGGCACAAAGAGAUAGGUCUAAGAUCAAAACAGAGUCAGGUCAACAUGCACAAUCAAAUGCUUAUAAUUAUUGCUUCAAAGCACGCCCUUUGAACAGAAAAAUUCUUCAGGCACCUUCAUUGCCCCUUCCUAAGAAGAGCAUACCACAGCUGCAAGAGAUUCAAGUGUUUCACCUGAAGACAUCAGAAAGGGCUAUGCAACACACAUCCAGUAAUGCAGGGAAUACAUCUAAAUUUAACUCUAUUUCACAAAGUGCAACUGUGGACAGUAAAAGUCUAAAUUGUAGUGAUGCUUUAAGGCGGAACUGCAAAACAGUUAACAAAUUCAAAGCUCGCCCUCUUUAUACGAAGAUACUUUCAAGUAAAGGAGAAAUUGGUAUCUUCCAAAAUUCCAAGCAAGAAACCACUGUGCCAAGGGAAUUCAAUUUUUUAACUGAUAAGACGUUUCCUGAGCCACCAAUAGAAUUACUUAGUAAGCUCUCCCUAGCAUCUGAUUCCCACCCUAAUGUGAAAUCUCAAUCAAAAAUGUACCUGCCCACUAAGGUUGCUAAAGAGAACACACCAGGCCCUUUCCAUCAAGCACGAGUAUGUUAGAAUCAUAAGAUUGGGUUGGAAGUAGUAUCAAUGUUGGCGCUACAGGAGGAUUCCUGAAAUUGGACCACAACUAUACAUUAACAGGCUAACAUAAAAAAAGCAGAGGAAGCAAGAUUAUGCCGAUGCUCUUUGCUCAACAAUGUGGAGCUUCUUUUGUACAUUGGACGAAUUUCACGGAAGGUGUCCUCAACCAACAAAUCACAGGGUUUGUUUCUAGUUGUUAGCAAAGAUUUUUUUGUGCUUUACCAGUUGUAGCCAAAGGAAAUAAUAGCUCAUUUUUGCCAAAGAAAUUGUAAUUUCUCAUUUUGGCAAUUGUGGUUUUUUCAAUAAAAUUUUUAGAGGCCAACCGUGUACAGCGUUCAAGUAUCUAAACCUUCACUCAGUUUCAUCCUUUCUUUUCUUUCUUAUGUCGUGUUACCGUUGGGAUUAGGA